AUGAUCACCGCUGACGAAAAGGCGCGGGCGCAGGACUUUUUGUCCUUUGUCAACGCCUCUCCCACCCCAUUCCAUGCCGUCGCUUCUGCGACUAAACGCUUUACCGAUGCUGGAUUCAAGGAGAUAAAGGAGAAAGACUGCUGGUCAGAGGUCUGCAAGCCCGGAGGCAAGUACUAUGUUACUCGCAAUGGCUCUACCAUCAUUGCAUUUGCCGUCGGUAAUAAGUGGAAGCCCGGUAACUCCAUUGCGAUGAUUGGUGCCCACACGGAUUCCCCAUGCUUGAGAAUCAAGCCAGUUUCCAAGCGAACCAACGAAGGGUUCAUCCAGAUAGCCGUAGAACCCUAUGGUGGUGGUAUAUGGCACACUUGGUUCGACCGUGAUCUCGGCAUUGCAGGCCGUGUGAUGGUUAGGCAACAGGACGGUACCAUUGCCUCCAAAUUGGUUCAUGUUGACAAACCAAUCCUCCGUAUUCCAACUCUGGCCAUUCAUCUUGACCGUACAGAGACCUUUGCCUUUAACAAGGAAACCCAGCUCGUUCCAAUUUGCGGAAUGGUAGCUGCGGAGCUUUCAAAGACUGCUGAGGGCGCUAAAUCUGAGGAGGCUGAUGGUGCAGUCUCUCCAUUCAAGAAGAUCACUGAGCGUCACCACCCUUGCUUGAUUGAGCUCCUAGCUUCUGAACUCUCUGCCAAGCCAGAGGAUAUCAUCGAUUUCGAGAUGCUUCUCUAUGAUACCCACAAGUCAUGCCUCGGUGGUAUGAUGGAUCAGUUCAUCUUCUCCCCAAGACUCGACAACCUCAACUCAUCUUUCUGUGCCACUGUUGCUUUGGUCGAGUCUCUCGCAAAGCCAUCUGCCUUGGAGAACGAAUCCGCUAUCCGCCUGGUUGCUCUCUUCGAUCACGAAGAAAUUGGCAGCAGAACCGCUCAGGGCGCUGAUUCAAACAUCCUCCCAGGCAUCAUCCAUCGCCUGUCCAUGCUUCGUGUAUCUGGAACCAAGUCAGACGAGGAUCUCUCUACUGCCUACGAGCAGUCCCUUUCGACCUCCUUCCUCGUCUCCGCUGAUAUGGCUCACGCCGUUAACCCAAACUACGCCUAUAAGUACGAGAGCGAGCACAAGCCAGAAAUCAACAGAGGACCAGUCAUCAAGGUCAAUGCCAAUGCCCGUUACGCUACCAACUCCCCUGGUAUCGUUUUGAUGCACGAGAUUGCUCGUGCCGCUGAAGCAAAGAGCGACAUCUCAUCAGACUCCAUCGUGCCAAUGCAGUUGUUGGUCGUUCGCAAUGACUCUAGCUGUGGCAGCACCAUUGGACCCAUGCUUUCGGCUGCUCUUGGAUCCAGAACGCUUGAUUUGGGAAGCCCACAGCUAAGCAUGCACAGUAUCCGUGAGACCGGUGGAACAAAGGAUGUUGCCCUUGCAACUCGACUCUUCACCAGCUUCUUCGAGAACUACACCACCUUGGCUCCCAAGAUCCUAGUUGACUAA